CCAAAAACACCGUUUCAAUUUCAACUUCAUUUUCCCUUUUCCAUAUUCACCACUUAACCACUCAACUGUAACUUCAACCAACCAACCAAACUGAUCGCCGAUCACUCACUCCUCCUCCCGCAAUGGCGACCACCGCCGCCAUCAGCACCACACUUACCGCCUCCGAUCGUGGGAUUCUCACCGCAGUAAACGUCGGCGCGUCGAGUCUCUCUUUCGCUGGUUCAAGCUUCAUUGUACUAUGCUACCUUCUCUUCAAAGAGCUUCGCAAGUUUUCCUUCAAGCUCGUUUUCUAUCUAGCACUUUCGGAUAUGCUUUGCAGUUUCUUCAGCAUAAUAGGGGACCCAUCCAAUAGUUUAUUUUGUUAUGCUCAGGGAUAUAGUACACAUUUUUUUUGUGUGGCAUCUUUCCUUUGGACUACAACAAUUGCUUUUACCCUUCACCGCACUGUUGUAAAACACAAAACGGAUGUUGAAGAUUUGGAGGCUAUGUUCCAUUUAUACGUCUGGGGUACUUCGCUGGUUAUGACAGUUAUGCGCUCCUUUGGUAAUGACCAUAGACAUUUUGGUACAUGGUGUUUGUCUCAAACAGGUCUUACAGGGAAGGCAGUUCACUUUGUUACAUUUUACUUGCCACUUUGGGGUGCAAUUCUAUAUAAUGGGUUUACAUACUGGCAAGUAAUACGCAUGCUGAAUAAUGCAACCCGUAUGGCAAGUGGCAUGUCAGGCCAAGCUUAUGUCUCAGAUACAAGAGACAACAUGAGGGCUCUGAAUCGCUGGGGAUACUAUCCGCUAAUUCUUAUAGGAUCAUGGGCUUUUGGCACUAUUAACCGGAUUCAUGAUUUUUUUGAGCCUAACAACAAGAUAUUUUGGCUCUCACUUCUUGACAUUGGAACGGCUUCCCUUAUGGGCCUCUUUAACUCAAUUGCUUAUGGCCUCAAUUCUUCUGUUCGUCGGGCAAUUUGUGAAAGACUGGACAAGUUCUGGCCCGAGAGACUGAACAGAUGGCUCCCUAACAAUUUUAAGUACAAGAGCUUAUCGCAGGAAAGUGAACUCUCUGUGUUCAAAACUGAAGAUCAGCGAUAGUGUGUGAAGAUAAUGUGGUUCCUGUUUAUCGCAUUUUAGCAGUUUUCAUGUUUACGGAGUUUCUCUGUUUCAUAGACAAAAAUGGAUCUGCAGGCAGCAACAAUUCUGGGUUAUUUGUUGCUCCGAUGCUUCAGUUACAUGAAUCAUGACUUUCAUUCUAUGAGUUUUACACUGACAAGGAUUCUUCCCCAACUAAUUAGAUGAUGGACCUGUUCGUGUGGUGUGUCUUUGGAAUCGCAUGCUGUUAUUAUCCUCAAAUUGAAGACCAUGUGACUGCAGUGCUUGCCGUGAUUCAUCUUUUAACAACUCUUAACCUCAAGCUUGACCGUAUGUUGUUGUAUCUAUAUUUCUGUAAUAGAAUGUUUCCUUGAUUGUAUUCGUGUUAUAGGUUAGGUUUACUUUCAGAUUGUUACCAAUUGCUAAACAGCUUUCCCAACUUAGGCAUUAAUUUGGUUCAUUGCCAACGGUAGAAAUACAUCACUGAAAUAGUCAUAUGUUCAUAU